UCCCUCCUAUAUAUUCAAUACAGAUAUUAAACGUGCAUUCAAUCCUUUUUUUGUGUUGGCCUUCAGAAUAAUCAAAAUGGUUGUUGAAGUUGAAAUCGUUAUGAACAUAAUCGACGGUCUUAAAGAAUUGGUCAAUUUGUUCUUUUAUGCUGGACGUCUUCUGUUUUUGUUUGUGAAUGAUUUCUUCAAUACUCCUUGGAAAUUCGACGAGCCAGGAAAGGAAAUAGUUCGAAAAAGGGGUUCAGAUGCACGAGGAGGUGGUGGAAGUAUUAUCGAAAAGAAAUCUAAUGAUAGUGGUCCUGGUGGAUUUUCGGAAAUGCUUAAAUUGGAAGGAGAUGUUCCCCCUUCACUGCGCUUCUCUUCCCGCGCUCCACGGCCUGAUCAACCCGGAGAUAAUCUAAAAAGUACAGGCAAUGUUGCAGCUGAUGACCCAUUCUUCAACGUUACUUCUUUGCCAACAGCGCCAACUCCUGGAGUGCCCAGAGGAGAGCAUGCGCACAAAUAUUCGCAGGAAUAUGAGACGUUGGCCUCAUUGGAUACGAGCACGUUGUUCCCUGAGAAAACAGAAGAGAAGAAAGAUAAUUAGGAAGAAUAUAAGAAAAAGAAUAUUUGUUAAUUGGUUGAUAAAAAUGUGUAGAUUGUGUUGAAAUUUGUGAAAAGUUGAUAAAAGUUUUUGGAGGAUUUGUGAGCAAAUUUUGAAUGUUUAUAGGACAAGAGAAGUAAAAUGAAGGAGAUGUUCC